GCAGAGAACUCGCAAGAGGCCUCAGUUCGGAAGCUCGCCAAUGACAAUUCAACCAUUCGGAGCACGAAGCGGCUAUUUCUUCUCUCGAUGAACCCUCAGGCGCGAUUAAAGCAGCAAAGGACGAAUUCUCUCCAACUGCAAGUGGCCGCAACAGUCGAGCCAGCACCCAAAACCGGUAGUCCUUCCGACUACGCUCCUUGGUGUAGCGAUCAUAAAAGGCCUCAAGAGCAGCCCUAGGUUCCAACUUAGCAUUCGAGGAGCCGCUUGAUGAUGGCAGGUUCGAUUGUAAUGCACUGAUGCGUUGAUUCAAUUUAGCGAUCUUUUCGUUGAGAGCGGCCCUUUGAGCAACCUGUUCGUCUCUCGUAGCGGUAAGAUUCCUGAUGUGCUCCGCUCCUUUCGCAAGAACAACUGCGUUCGUUGGUUUAAUACCGCCAGAAUGCAAGUCCGGAAUCAUAUCCAUGAGCAUGUCGAAUCCAUCUUUGAGAGCACUUCGACGAUUUUGUUCAGCAUGUAAAUGUAGUAUUCGCUUUCUCUCUUCAGGAUGUAAGGUUGAAUCAGCUUGAACCUGGCGGCUGCCUCCUCUGCCUGAUUUCACACUGGAUGGCGCACUCAUAAGAACUAGUUCUUCCUUGAGUUCCGCUUUGUCAGCUGCACUUGUUCCAACGUUGACACGACUAUGUGAGGACGGUGACUGUGUGGCUGUCUCGUUGACAUGCUCACCAACGGUGGAAUAUGAUGGAGCUUGAGCGAACAUUCCAGCAUCGCUUAUAUCACUCAACUUCCACGGAUUGACUCCUUCAUUAGGAUGGAUUUCAGCAGUAGCAGGGGCUGAACGAUUCUGAGUGAGAGGUGAACUUAUCAUGGUUGAAGAGCUUCUAAGAUUCGGACUCAAUGAUGAAACCCAAUCUUGUUUAGGCCCUGAUGGAGGCACGAACAUCUUCUCCUCCUUUUGAACGGAGAGCAGAUGAGGGUCAAGUCGAUCUGAUGUUGAAGGCUGUUUGACAUCUACGUGACCGCCCCUGCCGAAAUGAUUUUGUACGUCGAUUGACGUCAAAGUAGAGGGAGAACUCAAAAUUGUGGGCAUUUCUGGUGAUAACUGAACCGGCAUUGUUCUGACUACGACAGGACUUCGAAGUUCGGAUCGUAACUGUGACGGAGGUGUGGAAGGACCUGAAGCUUGGCUUGAGGUGCAAUCAGACAACACGAAAAACACCGCAUACAUAUAAUAGUACAUACCAGCUCCUACUCCGAGAGGUGUAGCUGGGCCAAGAGGUGUAACAUUACCACCACUAAGGGACGAUGCCACAGCAGCCAGAGGACUCUGAGCCGCAGCUGCCAAUGGGCUAUCCAUCCACCAAGGACGAGCAGGAGUAGGAGGAGGACAACCCAUGGAAAUUGCAGAUCCGGACAAAAUAUUCGGAGGGGAUUGUAAAAACUGGGGCAUAUACUCCAACGUAUUCAUUACAUCUUGAUUACCAAGCUGAAAAAUGUGCAUUGGAUAUAGCAAUUGAAAAUUAUACAUUAAAACGUAUGAACAAACAACAGAAUAAGCGAUCGCAUCCUAUGAAGCCCUGUACAGAACUAUCAAAACACCCAUUCCUAUCGCUUUUGUGA